UAGUAUUUCUAUACAAUCCAACCUUUGCCAUGAAGAUCAAUACCUCAAUUUCAUUGGGCUCUCUUGGCCUUAUAACUAGAAUAUUUGCAGCAUCAUGUAAUCCACUAGAAUCUACAAGCUGUAGUUCUGACCCUGCGUUAGGAUCGACUAUCGAGUUAGAUUUCUCAUCUUCUUCUUCACAAUUCAAACCCACAUCUUCCAAAGGCUCGAUAUCAUAUUCUGAAAAUAAUGGGGUGGAACUCACCAUCAAUGAGCAAAACGAUAACCCGGGCUUGAAGUCCGAUUUCUAUAUAAUGUUUGGACGCGUUGAAGUUCACAUGAAGGCUGGGAGUGGCCAGGGAAUAGUGUCAUCAUUUUUCCUUCAAUCUGACGAUUUAGAUGAAAUAGAUAUCGAAUUAUUUGGCACUGAUACCACUCAAUUCCAAUCCAAUUUUUUUUCAAAGGGUAACACGGCCACAUACGACCGUGGUGAAUAUCAUUCCACUAGUGGAGCCCCACAAGAUUCAUAUUACAACUACACCUUAGUGUGGACGCUGGACCAAUUAGAAUGGUGGUUUGAGGGAACUCUUGAAAGAACCUUACUCAGUACAACCCCAGAGGGAUAUCCACAAACACCAAUGUACUUGUCCAUGGGGAUUUGGGCUGGAGGAGAUCCAUCUAACCAAGAGGGAACCAUUGAAUGGGCUGGAGGUUUGACUGACUAUAGUAAAGCUCCUUUCACCAUGUCUAUAAAUAAAUUGAUAGUUUCUGACUACUCUACAGGGACCUCUUAUUCAUAUGGAGAUACUUCUGGUGAUUGGACUUCAAUUAAAUCUGAUGGAGGUUCAAUCAAUGGUAAUUCUGAUGGAAGUAACACUAAUACCCAGGUGAUUAAGUCAACUUCAAAAGCUUCUUCAUCUAGCACUUCAUCUAGCACUUCAUCUAGCACUUCAUCUAGCACUUCGACCAGCUCCUCAACAUCUUCAUCUAGCACUUCAACCAGUUCCUCUUCAUCUUCAAAAAGCUCAACUACAUCAAAGAGUUCAUCCACUACGUCAUCGGAAGUAACUACCUCGAGCUCAACUACUUCAUUAAAGAGCUCACCCACAACUUCCGAAAGCUCCUCUACCAGCUCAUCCACAUCAUCAAAUUCCUCUGCAUCUCAAAAUUCUGAAUCAUCUUCUAGUACUUCUGCAUCUCAUGGAUCAACCCUUUCCACCGUCGCAUCUACUGGAAUCACAAAGGGAGAUAACAUACUGACUUCCUCUGCAGACCCUUCCAGUACUGGCUCAAGUUCAAGUUCUAGUUCCAGUUCUAGCUCCAGCUCAUCUACUGCAAGUUCUACCACGGGAAAUAUCGCUAACCACUCCUCAAAUCUUAAUGGAUUCUGGAUGAUCCCAAUAACCUUCUUAUGGCUUAUCCUUUAAUUCUAAAUACAAUAAAUGAUGGUGUUAUAAAAUAUAUUUUACAUGUGUAGUUUAAUUAUAUAAAAAAAUCUACUCUUCUAAUUUUAA